GACAACUUCUUCUUCUCUUUUACCUUUUAACUAUUUUAUUAAUUAUUAAAUAAUGUGUUCCUUAUCUAGUUAUAAAUUUAAAUUUAAUCAGGUGAUUGGAAAAGUGUUUACGUGACAUACAUUUUUAGAGAAAAAAAAAUGAUUCUUCAACUGCGACCUAAAGAAAAUAAAUUAUGAUACUCAAAAUUGUGAUACUGUGUUGGAUAAUAAUUUGUUCAACAGCGAUGUUAUUUUACACAGAACAUUUUUACUUAAGUAUUUUUAAAACUCAUGAUUUCACGGAAGAAAAUUAUGACACACAGUCUUUUUUAGAGAGAUUAAUCUAUCUAGAAAGACAAGAGCAUGUGUCAGUAAUGUGCCGUUCGUUCAAGUUACCUAAAGAUGACGAUGACUACCAACAAGCCGUUAAUGAUAGUGUACUCUUGGACCACAUUUUGGUUGAUAAUCGACAUAAGCUGCUCUAUUGUUACGUACCAAAGGUGGCGUGCACCAACUGGAAACGGGUGUUGAUGGUGCUGUCGGGGAACGCGCAGCCGGACGCGGCGCCGAACCUGUCGCAGAUUCCGGCGGACAUGGUGCACAAGCCCAGCACGCUGGACCGGCUGAGCGACUACUCCGCGGCCCGGGCGGCCGACAUGCUGGCCACGUACACCAAGUUCCUGUUCGUCCGGCACCCGUUCGAGCGGCUGCUGUCCGCGUACCGGAACAAGCUGGAGCAGCGGCACCAGGACAGUUCCCGGUACUUCCAGUCGAGGUUCGGCCGGCGGAUCGUCCGGCGGUACCGGGCCAACGCCACCGAGCAGUCCCUGCGCGACGGCGACGACGUGACGUUCGCCGAGUUCGCGGCGUUCGUGGCCGACACCCGGGACACGGUGUUCAACGAGCACUGGGCGCCCAUCGACAGGCUGUGCCGGCCGUGCGCCGUCAACUACGACUUCAUCGGCAAGCACGAGUCGCUGGUCGAGGACUCGGACUACCUGCUCCGGCACGUGGUGGGCGCGGCCGACGUCCGGUUCCCGAAGGGUCCAGACUCCAACACUUCCACGCAGCUGGUCAAGUACUUCGCGCCGCUGGACCACGACACCGUGCUCAGGCUGUACAGCACGUUCGAGCUCGACUUCAAGCUGUUCAACUACAACUUGCAGAACAUAUUCGGCUACGAAGUGGGCUAAGGGCCGCUGCGCUUUCACCGCAGUACUUCGUAGUCGACUGCAGGCGCCGCACCCGUGCGAAUCAUCGUUAAUCUGUUAUUACGAGUAUCAUCAUCAUUAUAUGCGGUCGGAAGAAAUCCGAGAAAAACUUUUACGCGUGCUCUAAAAGUUCAAAAUAACGCAUUUUUUUUUUUUUUUAUUUAAUUUAAAACACGUUUUGAACCCAAACAAUAUUAAUUUUUUUAUUAAAUCAAAAAAAAUAAAAAUAAUAAUAACAACUUUUGCAGGAUUGCACGAUUUCAAGUCUUCUGUACGCGGACUUUUAAUCUGAUAACAAAAUUAUUUCCAUUUGAUUUUCUGUCGUCACUCGUAGGUAAUCUAGAUUUUCGUCGUCGCAUCGCGUUUCGAAAGAUUUCGAUUGAUUGUAUUUGAAAAACCUGUUAGCACGUUAUAAAGUUACUUUUUUUUUUUAAGUAAAAAUCAUAAAAAAAAAAACUGGAUUUCAGUGUUACGUGUCCUAAAAAUGCUCUGAACAAUAAAUAAAAUGGCCUUAAAAUAGAAAACUGUAAAUAAAACGGAAAAUACAUUUUUUUUAUUGUGAUUAAAAUAUACUUAGUUUAUAGAAAACAAUGCAAAGUGCAUCAAAAUCCUUGUCUUAAUUAUUAUUAUUGGAACCUACUGCAAAAUACUAUCCGGAUAACUUUAUCCAACGUAUUUUCGAUAUUCUUUAUGUGCAUACCUUUUAGAAAUUUUUUUGUGUAUUAUAAAAUAAUAAUAUUUUAACUAUUAAUUAUUAUUUAUUACAUGUUUUUAUCGAUGAAAAUUAAAAACGGUUUAAGGUUGUGCUCACUAGAAACUAUGUGAUAAAUUUAAUGAAUACGAAUAAAAACUAUCAUCACGACUUUUUUUUAGUAAAUUCGCUGGAAAAUUAUCUUUGAAUAUGGAACUCAUUAGUCUUACAGGAGAAAACGUAUGAGAUCUAUGAAUUUGGUUACGACAAUGUUAUGAUACGUUUGUGUACCCGUGUAAUGUACGAUGCAGUAUUCUCUAAACUUUAAGAUAUUUUCGUUCUUUGAAAUGACUUUUUUAUAUAUUGAUGUAUUAUUCAUAAUUUUAACGUAACAUUUUUUGAUCCAUUUGAUACGAUAGAAUAUGUAAUAAAUAUUAUAAUUCAUAAUUUACUAUGUACGCAAAAAGUACAAACAUUGUAGCAACCACAUACGUACAUUUAAAUUAUAUUACCCAAUAAAAAUUUUGUUUAUGUGUACCAGCUGUUACGUCUGAACUACGGUCUACGAUGAUACUAAGCUUCCUAUUAUAUGUUAUGUACACUUAAAUUUAUUAUUAAUUUAUUAAAUAAUAUUUAUUGUGUAAACGAGUCGUGAGACUUUCACAAAAUUGUACAUUUUUAAUUUUUAUAUAAUAAUACGAUUAAUUAUUAUUGUUAUUAAUUGUAAUAUACCUAA